AUGGAGCAGAGGGAUGGAAUACUGAAUGGGGGUUAUCAGUUCUUUGAUCGGAAGCCACUUAUCAUGAAAAGCUGGGACCCUAACUCCAAGUUUACUAAGGAAACAGUAAUGUCGGUUCUGAUUUGGGCGCAAUUAAGCAAUCUAGAGUUGAAAUACUGGGGUGAGAGGUCAAUGGCAAAGAUUGUUGGUUCAAUUGGGAAAAUGGUAAAACAAGAUAGAGCAACUCAGGCAAGAGAAAAGUUACAAUAUGCCUGGGUCUUAAUUGAAGUGAAUCUAACAAAAGACUUACCAGAGAAAAUCAAGUUUGAAGAUGAAAAUGGGGAGUUUGUGUAUGUUGGAGUGCAGUAUGAUUGGAAGCCGGAUAUAUGCUUGCACUGCAAAGGGAUAGGUCACAGGAAAGAAGUUUGUAAGAAGAGGAUGAAUCAAGGAGAACCUUCUAAAGUUUGGCAAGAGAAGAAAACUGGUCCCUCAACGCAACCUGCUGUGACUGGAAAAGAUACUAAUCUGAUGCAGGAGGAAGGAAAGAAGAACAGAGAAGGGAACUUAUCACUUAAUGGGAAAACUGGGAAUGGGAAUAAGAAUAAGGUGAUGCAAGAGACGAACUCAUUUUUGGUGCUAGGACAGUAUUCAGAUGCUGAAGUUACCGUUGGAGAAACAUUACAGGAAAUGAGGGCCAAUAUGAGUGGAGGGGGAGAGCCUCCAUUCAUAAAUGGAUAG